AUGAGCGACUAUCAUCACCACCAUCAUCAUCAGCAAGAAACGGACAGAUGGUCUGGGGGCUUGAUACGCAGUUACUCCGAGCACGCGGCCCUCGUACUGCAGCACUAUCAAAAUCAUCGGCCUCGCGCGUACUCCGACAAUCUCAAGUGCACCCGCUCCGGGCCGGACUUUCGUCGUCCCUACGAUGACGAGAACGACGAGGAGGCGCGUCAAGAACAAGACUCUCGAGCUUUCGCCAAAAUUACGACGAGCGCGUGCUCCAUCUACGCCGACGAACAACAGGAUAACGACGACUCCGAUGGCCAGCGGACCUGGAGAAUGCCCUCGAAUUACGAGUCCAGUUUCGACGAGUCGUCCUUUGCUCGGCGACGCAAAAUCGGCCAAGAUGGAGCUGGAGAUUCGAGUGCUCUAACAACUGACAUUUCUCAGCUGAGUUUGACGGACGAAUGUCAGCCCCAAAAAGUCGUCUGCUUCGAAUCGGCCAACACUCUGACUAGUCAGGAAACACAUUCAUCGGUCGAUCGACGCUGUGUCAUUUUCGAUAACGACGACGAGCACGACGACGAGCAUCUCGUAUUCGUCGAGGACGACGACGACGAAGAUGCUACCUUUGAAAGCGAAUACCAGUUUGAGCAGCAUCCCGACAAUACCCGUAGUCCCGAGACAUCCGAAAGGACAGUAAGUGCCACAUCACUACAGACGUUCCCUGGCCAACAACGUGUAAACGGCGCACCGAUAUCGCGCUUCAUUUCGUACGAGGAUUGGGCCCAGGAAAAGAAACGCGAACUUCAACGACGCAAAGACGAAGAGAAGCGCCUGGAAAAAGAAAAACGAGAGCUCGAAGAACAGCAACAAAGAGAAAAAGAAAAAAGGGAUCGGGAACGUUUUCUGGAAUGGUAUCAACGCAAGAAGCGAGAAAAGGAAAGGCAAAGGAAGGCUGCUGAAAAAAAAAUCGGCAUUCAGAGAAAAUUGAAAGAUUGCCAAGAACAAUUCAGGCAUCAAAAAAAUGAUCUCGAGUUGAAACAGUGGUGGAAGAAGAAGGAAGAGCAGCAGAAAGCUCUAGAAGAAAAAGAAAAAUUGAAACGUAAGAAAGCUAAGGAGGAAAAGGAAAAGAAAAUUCAAGAAAGUUUAAAAGCUUAUAAAGAAUGGAGGGAAAAAGCCAAAAAUGUACCAAAGCCUGCAACACAAGGAUUAUUGCCUCAUCAAAAAGCCAAGCCAGCCUUCACUAAUCCAACACCUUGGCAACGCUUGGUAGACAAUGGAAGCGAUGAUUCUGAUAACGAUACCAGGUCGAAAGAUGUUGGAUCGUGCUUGGUAAAUCAAAAAACAUCGUAAAAAAUUAGUUAAAAUAAAAAAAAAUUUUAAAGUCUGGAAUGUACAAAUGUUUGAAUUUUGCACGAUUUCAGAAAAAUUGAGUGAAACCAAAUUUGCACUUGAAUUAUGAGGGUUCUUUACGUAUCUGCUGCAGCUGUCACUAUUUCGUGUAAUAAUAAUCGAUACGAUGUGAGCAAGUCGUGCUUCAGACGUCGUUUGUGUUAUUACCGGCUUUUUCGAAUUCUUUUGUUUUUUAUCAUCCAUGUUUUAGCUCAAUUUUUGAUAAUAUCUGCUGUAGCAGCGGUAAA